AUGCCCCCCUCUCGCGCCCUCCCCUCUCGCGAAGGCAUUACCUCCCCAUCAGCCCUCGAAGAAGCUUACAUCGCCUUCAUCCUCUACUGCAAUCCAUGCGUGCCUCUGACGACCGACCCUUCCCCCCUGCGCGAAGCCUUCCGCACCCCCCCAAAAUCCGACGGCAAGACCUUCUCCACCUACACUUUGUUUACACUCAUUCGCAAGCUCGAGUCGCGCGAGCUCAAAACAUGGGCCGAGCUGGCGCUACAACUGGGCGUCGACCCUCCCGACGCGGAAAAGGGACAGAGCGCGCAGAAGAUUCAGCAGUAUGCGGUUAGGCUGAAGAGGUGGAUGCGGGCGAUGCAUGUGGAUGCUUUUUUUGAUUACUUGAUGGGGAGGGAGAGCGAAUAUUGGACAUGUGUGCCGCCAGCGGAGGUGAGUCCUUUGGACAUAGAAAGGGAUGGAGUGGCGGCCGAGGAUGAUAUGGCGUUGAGGGCGUUGAUACCGGCUGUUAAGCCAAGGAGGGGGAGAAGGAAACUGGAUGCUGCCGACGAAGAGGCUAGUAGUAGGUCGCGGAGGGAGUCGCCUCAGGAGGGAGAGGAUGGAAGGGUGCAGGACCGCGAGCCGUGGACAGCUUUUCCGGAUGGGAGGGGCAGGGCGUUUGUUUUUCCUCCUCCUCCUCGUCCUCCUCGUCCUCCUCCUCCUCCUCCUCCUUUACCGCCGCCGCCGCCGCCGCCGCCGGGGAAAUCUGCGCAGGGAGGAAAUGGUGCCCAGUGGCUGGGAAGUGAUCUUGUGCAAACGCCGUUGAGCGCGUAUCCUGCUGCACCGCAAUCUGCUAUCACGCCGUCUACCAGGGCAUCGUUUUGGGCGGAUGAGCCCAAGAGCGCGAUUGCAUUGACACCCUCUGGGGCUAAGCCAAGGUCUGUUAGUCGGAGACACGGUGCGAAGGUUGUGUCCUCGGCGUGGAGGAGUGGAGGGCUAGGCGCGACGGGCAAGACGAGAGGGCGCCCGCCGAAAAGAGGAUUGGAGAGUGAGGGCCCGUUUUCUGCUUUCCCGACGAGUGAUGGGCCCGUGUUUAGGUUCCCUUCGCCGGUGAGGGAGAGACCGGAGGAGGUGCCGAAGUCUGCGGUGCCGACGGGGUCGGGGUCGGGGGUGGAGCCAGGUACAUCUGCGCAGGCGACGGCUUCGAAGACGAGUGUGGCUGCUCAAGCGCCUUCUACACAAGCACAGACGACUGUAUCGGCGCAAGCAUCUCAAACGCCGGCUUCUACGUCGACACAAGCGCCUGCGGCACAGCCGACGCCAGCGCAGCCGGCCUCGGCGCGACCACUUGAGCCUCUGCCCCCUCUACACCCGCCUACACAACCCCCGAGUCAGCCCGUGCGGAGUCGAAGUCAGCCGGCCCCAGCAGACCCGAAUAACCCCCGGCCAGCCAAACGCAGCAGGUUAUCACUACAAGUUCCCCCGAGGAUAGGAGGCGAGGUUCGACUGGCUACCCCUCCUCCGGCAGUCCCUCCCGCAUCAGCGGUUCCUCCAGCGCCGGUUAUGCCCCCUGCGCUGAUGACGGUCAACGGGCAGGCUGCGGAUGUAGCGCUGCAGAAUACUUCGAAGCAGAGUAAAGAGCCAAAGGGUACGGGAAUGGGGCCUGGCUCGUUUGAGGCUUUCUAUCCCCCUUCGACGACCACUACCAACACCACUCGACCCAACAACAACGAUGCCGCAACAAACGCAUCCACAGCUGCUCCCUCUUCCAACAAGAUCACCAGCAGCAGCGACAGCAUGACCAACUCGACCACUACACCCACCCCUCCCCCCAACCGACAACGCGUCUUCUUCACCAACCCGCACGACCGCACCAACAAAUCCUCCGUCGAAGCCUUCUUCACCUCUUCCAUCCUCUCCGCAGAAUGGUACGACCCUUCCCACCGGCGUAUCCCCCCCUGUAGCGUCGAGGAAGCACAUGCCUUCGCGCAGCGCGUCAUCGAAAACCUGUUGGAGACGUCCGAAUCCAAGGAGAAGUUCUUGAUUAAUCUGGCUGCACUGGUGGGCGGGAAUCUGAUGCUUCAUAAAGGGAGCCUGAAGAUUACGAGGUUGGGGGAGGAUGAGAAGGAGGUGAGGUAUUUGGUGAGGUGGGAGUUGAGGUAUGGAGAUUUGGUGGGGAGUUGGGGGAUGGAGGAGCGGGUGAAAAAACGUAGGGGGGAUAAAGAAGGGGGUAAAGGAGGAGCUAGCGUUGAUGGAUCGGCUGCGGCGAGUGUGAAUGGGAGUGCUGGGACGAAUAGCGCUGAGCCGUCGGUGGCUCAUGGGAGUGUUGAGAGUGGCAACGGGAGUGGUAGUGGGGAUGGGGGAGAAGAGACAAGUGUGAAUGGGGACGGGAGCAAUAAAAAUAAUAAGGGGGAGGGGUACUGGGAGCAGAGAUAUAGAGAGAUGGCGGCUGCGUUGAAAGAGAGGGAUGAUGAGCUUGCGAGGCUCAAGCAGAGAAUUAUCGAGGCAGUUAGGGAUGUUUGA